CUUGAACCAUCCGCGACCAAGCCAACCAGCAUCCAUCGUCUGCUCAUCCUCAGAGCCACGGCUUGGUCCUGCUGACAGGGUCGGAUUCACGGGCAGAUAGGCCUCUUCAAUUUUAUCCAAGCAUGACCACGCCGCAGUAAGUCCCCAUGCGCGCACCGUGCCAACUUUGCCAAGACACUCCAGUCGCUGACCCAUUCGCAGAACCGGCAAACGUCGUUCCCUCUCUGUGACCCUUGCACAGCUCGCACGCAGCUUCUCUAAUUCUUCUCCACCUGAAAAUCAGCCUCUUCAAUCGCGUACGGGCUCGAGUGGCAGUACACGGCGGUACUCCACAGACGAGUCUGCCAACCGCGCAAAAGAGAUGAUCAAUAGCGCAGGCGAACAACAUCCCGAAGACCGUCAUACAUUUCGCGUUGGUGUGACGGAGGACAAGAACCGGCGCUGUCGGCGGACCAUGGAGGAUACGCAUGCCUUUGUGUAUGACUAUAUGAAACAUCCUGAUGACGGCUAUUUCGCCAUUUUUGAUGGUCAUGCUGGCAGGCUUGCUGCUGAUUACUGUGGUUCGCGUUUUCAUUUGAUUCUAGCGGACAUCAUGCGUCGUAAUGUCGACAAGCCGCUGCCGGAUAUCUUGGAUGCAGCGUUCACCUAUGUCGAUUCAGCCAUGGAGAAGAUGCACUUCAAGAACCAAGGAUGUACCGCUGCCGUGGCACUCUUGCGAUGGGAGACACGGUUGCCUGUGCCAUCAGAAGGUACAGAAGCAACUACCGUACAAAACCAUCGACGCGUGCUCUACACUGCUAAUGCAGGUGAUGCCCGUAUUGUGCUAUGUCGCGCCGGUCGAGCCAUUCGACUCUCCUAUGACCACAAGGGAUCUGAUCAUCAAGAAGGUGUUCGUGUACAAGCAGCUGGCGGUACAAUCCUCAAUAAUCGCGUCAAUGGCGUUUUGGCCGUGACGCGUGCACUUGGCGAUGCCUAUAUGAAGAGUCUCGUGACGGGCCACCCGUAUACAACAGAGACGGUGCUUGUUCCUGAAGAAGACGAGUUUAUGAUUCUGGCGUGUGAUGGGCUAUGGGAUGUAUGCACCGACCAGCACGCGAUUGACCUUGUUCGCGCGGAAAGAGACUCCAAAAAGGCGAGUCAAGUACUGGUGGAGUAUGCACUCAAGGAGUACUCGACCGACAACCUCACCGUCAUGGUGGUCCGGCUCAAGGAUCUCGCGCCGCUGUCUCCCGUGCUGGCGAGCAAGGAGCCAGCAGACAUCCAAGAAGAAGAUGGCGAAUCGGCCGUUGUGGAUUGAUUUUUGUGUGACUGGUCGAUGCAACCUUCGUUCUCAUAGCUCUUCCUCAUCAUCGUCUGCACUUGCAGGCGUCGUAGUAACAACAGGCUCUUGUACACGACCAUCCAGCGCU